UGAAAUGAUAAAAUUGAAAUAGCAUAAAUAGUAUCUUGAAAAAAUAUGAAAAAAAAAAGAUCUGAAUUUUUAUAAUAGAUGCUGAAGGAAGAUAUUAAAGCCGUUUUGAAACACGUUGAUUUUGUUAGACGAAGUAAACUGAAAAAUUCAUUCAAAUCCUUUGAAACGAAAUGGUUAAAGAGACAGCUUAUUAUGACGUGUUAGGUGUUAAACCUUCUGCUACCCCAGAAGAAUUGAAGAAAGCUUACAGAAAAUUAGCAUUAAAAUACCAUCCCGAUAAAAAUCCAAAUGAGGGUGAAAAGUUUAAACAAAUUUCACAAGCAUAUGAAGUUUUAUCCGAUGCUGAAAAACGUCAAAUUUAUGAUGAAGGAGGCGAACAAGCUAUCAAAAAGGGAGGAAACGAUGGUGGCGGUUUUCGUAGUCCUAUGGAUUUGUUUGAAAUGUUCUUCAGUGGUAGUGGCUUUGGAGGUGGCGGACGAAGAGGUGGACGUCGUGGCAGAGACGUUAUUCAUCAAAUGUCUGUAACAUUAGAGGAACUUUAUAAUGGUGCUGUACGUAAAUUAGCUCUCCAAAAGUCAGUUAUCUGUGAUAAAUGCGAAGGGCGUGGUGGAAAAAAGGGUUCCGUUGAAAAUUGUCAAUCAUGCCGAGGUUUAGGUGUAGAAAAACGUAUACAGCAAAUUGCACCUGGCAUGGUACAACAAAUUGAGUCAAUUUGUCGUAAGUGUGCAGGGCAAGGUGUUAUUAUACCAGAAAAGGAUCGCUGCAAACAAUGCAAUGGUAAAAAAACUGUACGUGAUCGAAAAAUAUUGGAAGUGAAUAUUGAAAAGGGUAUGCGUGAUGGACAAAAAAUUGUAUUUUCUGGUGAAGGUGAUCAAGAACCUGAACUACAACCAGGUGAUAUAGUAAUUGUAUUAGAUGAAAAAGAACAUUCAACAUUUGCAAGAGGUGGAUAUGACUUAAUUAUGAAAAUGCCAAUUCAGUUGGUUGAAUCUUUGUGUGGUUUCCAAAAAGUUAUUAAGACGUUGGACAACCGUGAUUUAGUUAUUACAUCAAUGCCUGGUGAAGUAAUUAAAAAUGAUCAAGCAAAAUGUAUUAUGAAUGAAGGAAUGCCCAUUCAUAAAAAUCCAUUUGAAAAAGGACGUUUAAUUAUUCAAUUCAAUGUUAUUUUCCCAGACAGUAUUCCAGCAGCAACAAUACCACAAUUAGAAAGCUGUUUACCACCAAGACCAGUUGUUAACAUACCAAUAGAUGCUGAAGAAUGCACUUUGGAGGACUUUGACCCAUCACAUGAUAGUAGACGACAAAGUUAUCGACCAGCUUAUGAUGAAGAUGGUGAUUGUCAUCAUGGUCCAAAAAUACAGCAAUGUGCAACUAGUUAAAUAAAAGUUAAUUUAAUAUAUUGCAAAUAAUAUAUUUAACAUUAUAAUAAAUUUUCAUUUAGAGAAUCUUAUUGAAAAAUCAAAAACAUACAAAACAAAUACAUAAUAUAAAAUAAAUAAAAUUCACUGUAAAAAUAACAACAAAACAAUAUAGAAUCCAUUAUACAUUGCUAUUUUGAUUUUUUUUUCUGAUUUUAUUGCAAAUUUGCUAAAUAACAAAUAAAUAAUUGACUUAUACUUACGUUAAAAAAAAGAUAUGUUUAUACACAUGAGCUAUUCAAACUCAUUUUUAUUUUUCUAAUAACGUAAAAAUAAUUUUACUAAAUUUACAACAAAUGAAUAAGGAACAAUAAUGCCAUAAAUAUCUAUCAGGACACAAAGUUAGAAGAUUAAAUCAAAAAUAAAUUAUAAAAUUUAUAUGGUGUUUAUAUGAAAGGGGUGUCAGAAAUUAUUUGUGUGAAAGAAAUUAAUAUUUUUAGCUCUUCUUUGUAAAUUGCAUUUAAAAAAUAAAAAUUGCAAUUUUUAUUGAAGUCAAAUUUUUAUGUUUUCCAAAUGGAAAAGUACUGAAUAAAAGAGCAAAAUUUUUGAAUAAGAAAUUGAAAAUUAGAUCGCUUUUAAAAACAUACUAAAUAAAAUGAGAGUCACACAGAAUUAUCAAAACUUUGAGAAAAAAAAAUAAAUAAUAUUUUAAUCGGAAUACUUCGAAAACAUAAAGCAUUAAGAAUUGUCUGUGUAACUGCCUAAUUAACAAUACCUCCGAAAAUAUAAUAUCAGCUUGGUAUCCUGAUAGAUAUAUGACAUUAAAGAAUCACACUUGUAAGAAGAAGAAUAAUAAAUCUUUUAAAAUUUUAAAUAUGUACAUACAUCAUUACAUAAGUAUUAAAUUUAAUGAAUAUUUUAAAAAGAAAAAAUAAAAUAAAUUUAAAUCAUUAAUUAAAUUAAACAGCAGCGCAUUGUAGUAGGAUUUUCCUCAUAUACCUAUCAUAUUUGAUAAUAUUGCAUUGUUCGUCCGUAAGGUGUUUAUAAAAUUGCAGUUUUAAUAAUUAUUUAAAUUAAAUUUUAAUAACAAAGGCUUAGAUGAGAAUUUUUGGAAAUACGAAUUUGUAGUUUCUCAAAUAAAUACAAAAUAUUAAAAUUGUUUUUAAAUAUUCUUUAAAUAUAUAAAAAAAUUUCACUACUUUAUUUCUCCAAUUCACUAUUUUUGCAUGAAAAAUUUUUUAAUACACGCAAAAUUUUUAGCGAACACAAUUUUAAAUUUUAUUUUUACAACUGCAUUUAUAUAAGCAUCUGUAGCAAAACAAAAAUAAAUUUAAUAUUGAAUAUGUAAAAUAAAAAUAAUCUUACAAUUCUAUACAUACAAAAUAUUUAUUAGAAAUUGGAUAAAAUACUUAAAUGGAUAAAAAUUAUAAACACAAUAUUGUAAUUUAUUAUUUGAAAUCGUUAAUUUAAAUAUUUUUAUCCAGUUCAAUGGUUCAUUUCAAUUUUAUUAAUAAAAAUUCUCAUCAAAAAAUUUAAAUAAGCAUUGGGUUUUCUUUUUUUUUGUUGUAAGAUCAAAUAAAAAUAAUAAAACAAUUAAUCAAACAAAUUUCACAAUGCUGUGAUUAAAAAUACAACAUGAUAAUAUUUCAUCUAAUUUUGAAAAAAAAAGAAAAUAAAAUGAAAAUUUAAUUAUUCUGAAUUUAGUGGUCGCAGUGUUAUUAAAAUUUUAAUUAAAUAAUUACAGAAAUUUAAUAUUGUAAAUUCAAAAUUAUUCUCUAAAAUACAAAACACGUAUUAAGUAUAAAUUUAAAAAUGGCUUUUAUGAUACGAUUUGAAUUGAAAUUAAGAAUAAUAUACGAAAAAAAUCCCAUUUCGUAAGCAUAUGCAUAUUUAAAAACAAAUAAAAAAACAUUUAAAGCAUAUUUAAUAAAUAAAUUGUCGAAUUUAUUAUUUAAAAGAAUCAUACAUGUCCUUUCAAACAAUGUUGAAAACUUACAUGAAAAAAAUAAAAUAUGUAUACAUAUAAUUAUUUUUUACAUUUAUGUAGAUUUGUCAUCCUUCGUCUUCGAAUCCCUAAUAUCCAAUGUUGAUAACUACUCAAUUCACAUUCAUGUAUGCACAUUACAACAUAUGAAUAUUUAUAUAGAAUACGUAUCAGUUAUAAGAAGAUAUAAAUCCAACAUUUUCCCCUCCUUUUAUUUAAAUUUUUUUAGUUUUUGGUAUGCUAAUUUUAAUAGGAUAUAUUAAAUUAAUUUGAAAUUUGUCAAAAAAAAAAAACAAAUAAAUAAGAUAAAGGAAAUAAAGUUUAAAUGUAAUUCAAA